AUGACACUCUCAGUCUCUCAGUGGUGUGCUGAGUCGCGUUCUGUGAAGGUCCCUUACAAGCCACCUUGCUCCUCUCAGCCUUCAAUUUCGUCCCAAAAAUGCCCCGUUCGCGCAAUUUGCGAAAAAUGUGACCUUAUGCAUUACUCCGAGAUGCCGUGGAAGUGUCGCCCGUUCAGUCGAAAUGGCAGGGAAAUGGAUAAGAAAAGCGUGAAGGCAGAAAUGUGAUCCCUAUAAAGGCUGUAGGUAGCGUAGUGCCAUAUAUUAUUAUUAUAAUUGUUGUUGUUGUGUUGUCUGUGCGUGAUUGAUCGGCCGCCCUCUCUUUGGCGUUGUCAUGGAUGGCAGGUAAAACGGCGGGGUCGCUUUUGCACUGUGAUCUAAGGCCCGCGUCGAAAGCGUGUGAGUACCUAAAUGUCACUGCUGGGGUAGGUCUCGUAGCCUAGCCUAGUGGUUCUUCACCCCUGAGGAGGAGCAUGUUGACGUUUGCCCGCCGGAGGCUCCUGACUGACGACGACACCGACACCACCCCAGAGUAAGUAGCUCCCCUCUUCCCUCCUCCCUCGGAGGCACCCGCGUCGAGAGCCAUGAAGGCGAAGAAACGGUACCUCCUCCUGUUCAGCUGCUGCGCGUUCCUGUCGGUGGGCUACAUAGGCUACCACCACUUCAAGGUGCAGCAGCAGAGUAAGUGGUACCAGCGGCUGUCCAGUUACUCGGAGGACUCUGACGUCCUGCAGGACGAGGACAUCUCCCCCAACCCUAGGCUUAGGAAUCGCAGGACUCCCAGUGGUGAGAAGAGUGAGGCGUUCUCCUUCCUGGACUGCAGGAUGGAGACGUGCUUCGAUUUUACUCGCUGUGAUAGAGACUUGAAGGUGUACGUGUAUCCGGUGGAUGACAAUGUACCGCCGAGCAGCAGUUACAUGAAAGUGCUCAACGUCAUACAGGACUCGAACUACCACACGUCGGAUCCAAGUCGAGCCUGUAUCUUUGUGUUAAGUCUGGACACCCUGGAUCGCGAUUCCCUCAGUAAAGACUACGUUCGCAACAUGCCUUCGAGGGUGCAGCGGCUGCCGUUGUGGAAUAACGGGCAGAAUCACAUAAUAUUUAAUCUGUACUCGGGCACUUGGCCGGACUACACAGAAGACUUGGGAUUUGAUGUUGGAAAAGCCAUCCUUGCAAAAGCCAGCAUAUCCUUGGAGAAUUUCAGGCCAGGAUUUGAUAUAUCUCUGCCUCUGUUUUACAAGAGCCAUCCAGAGCGAGGCGGUGACGACGGCUACCUGGACUCCAAUAAAUUCCCAGGGACCAAAAAGUACCUCUUGGCUUUCAAAGGGAAGCGUUACGUGUACGGCAUCGGCAGCGAGACGCGCAACAGCUUAUAUCACCUCCACAAUGAACGGGACAUUGUGCUCGUCACAACGUGCAAGCAUGGAGACAGCUGGAAGGAACACAAGGAUGAACGCUGCGACCAUGACAAUGCAGAAUAUGACAGAUACGACUACGAGGUUUUGUUGCGCAACUCGACGUUCUGUCUGGUGCCGAGGGGUCGUCGCCUGGGUUCCUUUCGGUUUCUGGAGGUCCUGCAGGCGGGGUGCAUCCCUGUGUUGCUGGCCAACGGGUGGGUGCUGCCCUUCAGCGAAGUCAUAGACUGGAGUGACUGUACCAUCAACGCCGACGAAAGGCUUCUCCUGCAGGUUCCUGAAAUCGUCCGAUCAAUCAACGCCUCUCAGAUGCUCCACAUGAGACAGCAGACUCAGCUCAUGUGGAACCAGUACUUCUCAUCCAUUCAGAAGAUUGUCCAUUCCACUCUGGAGAUCGUAGCCGACCGGAUUCGUCGACACAGGGCGCGUCCUUUGGCGGUGUGGAACUCCAGUCCGGGAGCUUUAGCCAUUAACUAUACCUUUUCAGACUUCUUACCACAUUACCCCUUCUAUUUGACUUCCCUCGGUGCCCCACCAUCCUCCAGGUAUACAGCAGUGAUUUCAGUCAGUCAUGGUGGCAGCGGACCAAUACACACUACUCCAUUAUACAAACUAGUCAAAAAUAUUGCACGGAGCAAAUUUGUCGAAAAGAUUGUUGUAGUAUGGACAAGUAACCAAGCAGCACUCACCGAGAACCGUCUUCCGGGAGGUAGUGUUCCUGUGAAUGUCAUAGUACCAGCUGAUCGCUCGAUAUCUGCUCGUCAUUUUCCUCACUCACAGAUCACCACUGAUGCAGUGUUCUCGCUGGACGAGGAUGUAUCUCUCACUACUGACGAAUUAGAUUUUGCCUUUAUAGUGUGGCGAACAUUCCCUGACCGUAUUGUUGGAUACCCGGCUCGUUCUCAUCAUUGGGACGAUGCAAAGGCGGGCUGGAGUUACACAAGUCGAUGGACAAAUUUUUACUCAUUAGUGCUGACAGGAGCAGCAGUGUACCAUCGAUAUUGGCAACAUGUCUACACUUACCAGUCAGCGUCAGGUCUGCUGUCCACAGUGAAGACAACUAAUAAUUGUGAUGAUAUACUCAUGAAUUUCCUUGUCGCUGCAAUUACUCGUCGUCCACCAAUUAAGCUCACUCAGCGCAAACAUUACAAAGAUAAUGCCUCUGAAGCAAAGUGGAUUUGGACUGAACCUAGUCACUUCCAUCAGCGAAGUGUUUGCCUAAAUACUUUUACUUCUGUGAUGGGCCAUAUGCCACUACGCCAUUCUAACUUACGUCUGGACCCUGUUCUUUUCAAGGACAAAGUCUCUAUGCAGAGAAAGAAAUAUAGACAAAUAGAAAAAAUAGGGAGCUAACGAAAGCUUAUCUUUAGGAUUGUAUAAAUUUUUAUGUAAUGAUUUUUAGGCUGCAGUGUAAUGAAGGACUUAUCUUAGUAAAUGCAAGUCCAUACAUUUUACUGAAAUUACUCAUAUUUUAAUUUAAUUGUUAUCAUAAUCUUGAAAAAGCUGUGCCAUUAGAGUGACUUGCAUUAUCCAAGAUAUGCAUCUAGAAUUUUUUUUUAAUUAAACAUUGGUAUCUGGGUAAAGUGGGACUUCUUUUUUACACAAACAUUUUGCUACUUUGUGAAUAUGUAAAGAAAAAUUGUUAAUUUUUUUAAUGUAAAUAAUGUAACUUUUUUUCUUUUGCCACUGUAACCCAGAAAAUCUUUUGCUCUUUAGAAGAGCCAUACUAUAUAGUGGUGAUGCAAAAUCAGUCAUCUUUUUUUGGGUGCAGUAGAGCAGGGUUGUUAUGUGAUAUUUUAUGGUGAAGUCAACCAUAUGUAGCAUAUCCCGGUUUUAUUUUUAUAUCAUUAUAGUACAGUUGCCAUAUAAAUGAAACAAUGGCAAGGGGAAAGAAUUUUCACAAGAAACAAUUCUCUACCAGUGAAUUAUGAUGUGCAGCUUGAAAAAGUUUGCUCAUUUAAAAAGCCUUAGUAUUAUGUAAAGAGAGAAAUUCAGACUUUACAUAAUUGCUUGUCGGGUAUAAUUUAGUAGAAACAAUUUCUCGAGGAUUAGUUUAACAUAUUAUAUUAUUUAAUUUGAUGUUUAUACAAAACACACACAGUUUGUUCACAGCAUGAUUUUCCGUCGCCAAGGACACUCUUGUCUACUGCAUCAAAUGAAGUUGAUAUUUUUGUAUACUACUGGUGUAAGUGCAUUCAAUGUUUGAAUGCAGUUUUUCCAAGGAACAAGACUUGGAAGUGUUAGGAUAUAUAGAAACAUAUCAUGAAUGUGAUGUAACUCUUCAUGGUUGACUCUGAUCAUGCUGCCCAGGCAAUGGAGACAAGGUUGAUCACCCUAAAUCAAUAAGAAUUCUUUAAGAUUUUUUAUCAUAUUUUCUAUGGUUGGGAGUACUAAUAGCACAGAGUAAAAUUUUAUGUUAAAUAGUUUUCUUGUGUAUGCAUACAUAUGUGAAAAAUUUUAAACUGAGUAUAGGUUCAGCAUGUCUCUACUUAAUGUUAACUGCCAUAAAACAGUUGGGAUUUUUGGACAGUGAGAAAGCAAAUGCAACCACAUUGAAGUGAAACUGAAAUGACACAUCUAUAGAGCAAUAACUUUUUCUCUUUUUUAUAGCAGUAUUGUUUUCAUGUAUAAGGAUUUGUUUUCUUUUGUUUACAUCCAGUUAGUUGUGACUGGAAAGUUCUAUGAUUCCUGGCUGGAAUUUAGUGGGAAGAUCAUAUUACAAAUAAGAAGGUUAUAGAGAUGUAUAGUGUCCAACAGCUGGAGAUCUCCAAGAUUGACCUGGUUUGAGACAAAGGGGGAGCAGUAGUUAAUGAACAGUAGUAGUAGAUUUUGAAGUAGCAGGAUAAAUAUCAGCAAAGCAGCCCUAGAAAUUUGUGGGAAAAGGACAUAAACAAAGACCUAAUUGCAAUGGAAAUUUAAGACAAAGUAUAAAAAGCAGUGAAGAGAACCUUUUUCAUCGUCUAACCCUAUACUUGGAUAAACUUAUGCAAGAAUGUGUUAGGAAAAAAAAUAAGUAGUAUUAAUUUAUCAGCCAAGUUAUUUAUCCUUCACCUAAUUUAUAUAUUAUUUGCUUACAGGGACAUUUUUUGACUCUGGAAUCAUAUAACAAUAUUAUUACCGCAUAGAGAAAAACUGUGUUUCUGUCUUGUUCAAAAAUCUCACUACACACCGUAUAUUUCUAGUACAUUAAAUUAUGUAUACAGGAGGUUUACCUCUGUUCAGUGUUUCAAGUACGUACAAACAUUGGACAAAUUUCAUGUAAUUAGUCUUGUAAUGAAGCUCACGAGCAUUAUCAUAUAUAUAAUAAUAAUACAUAAUAAUAAUUCACAUUAUAUGCAGUGAAACCCAACUGCACUAUAGUAUUUGGAUUCCUGGAGACUAAACCAAUUCUGAAACCUCAAACACAUAACAAAAUGGCUUUCCAUUUCAAUUUCAGUUCUUUGUAUUGUUGUGUUGGUUAACUGUAAAAAAAUACUUGUCAUUAACAUUAAGUUCCACCAGUACUCACUAUAAUACACUACUAACACUGUUUUAUUAAAACACAAUAUCCAUUUCAAAUCCAACAACUCAAUAACUUCAGCUUGGGAGUGAACAGUCACAUUUUCUGAACAAUCAUCUACUGGAUAAUAAGAUUCUGCUGAAUAUUACCCCAGCUUCCAGGAAUCGUAUGACUAAACACAAACAAUUAAACCCCUUAGAAGAUGGUUUCCUUUUAAAAUGUGGAAUUUGAUUGUCAUUUCAGUUUUAAUUUCAGAUUCUGUCAUACAGGUCAGUUAGCUGGUUAUAAAAAGUAUUUUAACCUGACCUCUUCAGCUGAAAAUCAUAGUUCUGAUGAGUGUUUUAUAUAUUUAUAUAGUAUAAUUUGAGCCUUAGCAUUUCUUUUGUACUGUCCUGGCAUAAUUUUUAGUAGAGCCCAUGCGACUUGGAAGCACAUGUAUGUGCACACACAUUAUUUACAAUUUCAAACUUGAGUUUUGGUCAACUUUCUUAGUAAGUUACCCAUGAUCAUCUUUUUUGAAGUUUGUUUUUUGCCAACAUAAUAGUGUCAAAGUUCGUUCUUAACAUACUCAGUACACAUGCCUAAUUGUAUAAAUAGAGAGACCCCUUUUUUUUAAUUCAAACUAAAAGAAGCUAUACAAAAGUCUGAACUAUACAUCUGAAAAUAAAGUAACACUGAAAAAAUAGUUACCAAUUGUCAGAUUUAAUGAAGAUGAGUGGAUGUUAGAAAAAACAAAAGGUUAAAUAAACUGUAUUACAGGAAUUACAGUACUUAUGAGACUAUUUUUAAUUGGGUUAAAUUUACUGUAUUACAGGAAUUACUGUACUUAUGAGACUUUGGCUAUUUUUAAUUAACUUAUAGGCAGCUACCUAGUGGGUUGAUUUUAAUUUGGCUAAAUUUACUGUAUUACAGGAGUUACAGUACUUAUGAGAUUUAGGCUGCCUAGUAGGUUUUUAAAAACAACAUUCAUGAUAACAAGCAAUGUUUGGAGUCACUGACUGGUAGCCUAGCAAAAUUCUCCCAUUUUCUGGAAGGCCUUUGCGCAGACAGUAGUUUCUCUUGCUCUAAAACAUCUAGUUCAGUGGUUCUCAGCCAGAGAGGAAUUUCAGGUUUUAUUUUUUUUUUAUUUUUUUUUUUUUUUUUUGGGGGGGGGGGGGGUUGAUCACAGACUAGCAGGCUCAAACUGGCUCUAGGACUAUGCAAACUGCAGUGUGUUUGGUCUGCACUACUGAGAGGUCACAGGCUUUUUCUCCACUAGCUUGUGUGUUUUUUUUAGUAUUUUGUUGCAUAUUAUUUGGAAAUGCACUUUUUGAGGCAGAAACUUUUGGAAAGGGGGGGAAUGAUAUUCUGACAUAUGGUGAAAGGGUGCAUGGUCCAAAAAAUAAGAGAACCACUGAUCUUGUUGAUAUCAUGAGGGGAUAUCUUAGUCUCACAUGUGGGAGAAAAUUUAGCCUUCAUACAUGAAUAUGAUCCAAACAUUGGAUUUAAAUGGUAGCUCAAGUGGUAAGACAAAAAAAAAAAAAAAAAUGACGGGCAAAAUUAAAUGCAUAUCCAUUUGGAAAUCAAAGGACAACAGUUGGAAAAAAUUUUGCCAGAUUGGAUGAAUGUCAGAGUAUGGUUUAACGGUAAACAUUCUAGUUAAAUUGGUGAGCUUCUUAUUAAAAAAAACUGCAAAGCACUCUAAAUCUGAUCUAAAAAUAUUCAUCGCAAACCAUCAUCAUUAAGUAACGUGUGACACAGUGAUUAAGGUAAAAACAUUUUAUACUCCAUAAAACUGCUUAAAGUACCAACACACUCGUGCAGCAGAAAGUCAUGUAAUCAGAGGUAUCACUGUUUGAUAUAAAAUUACACACCAUGUAAGCAGUUCUUGUCUGAUUUCCAAAUGUCUACAGCAACCGUCAAAUAUAAGUUCAGUUUCUUUCAGUCAUAAGGAAGAAUAUGAAAACUGUUUUGCUUUGUUAUAACUAAAGACUGAGAUCAUAAAUGACACUAUAAAUUCCAGUUGCUUCUGCAGUGAUAAAUGACACAAUCUCAAAAAUAAUGAAAAUAGGUUACAUUAGUUUGGCUGCUGACAGGAGUGGAGUUGGCUUAAAAAUGUCCUACCAUAUUAUUUCAGAGUAAGUUAUGCAAAUAAAUGCAACACCAUAAUGAUUCCAUUAUUACUAUUUUUUAAUAAAAAAAAUCCCAACAUAAAAUAAAAGAUCAAUUUCAUUACAUAGCUUGAACUUAGAAAAGCAAUACUCUGCCAGAAACCUGCUUCACUGUAAGAUGACUAAUAUGGGAAACUUGAUCAAGAAAUGAAAAGACUUCCACAAAUUUCAUUAAAAUAUGCCAGGAAGAACUGUGGGGGUAGUGACUAAAUAUGUAAAGUUCAGACAUUACAUUAUUUUUUAUUGUAUGAAUAUUGUAUAAAUUACAUGGAAAAACUGAUAUAAAUACAGCACUUCAAUAGAAUAGCUAGGGAUACUUCUGCUACAAAUAAACAAACUUGUUACUUACCAAGCGUCCUAUAAUCCACUUUUAUUGUAUGAUUCACUUUAGUACUUCUGCAUUUAUGGUCCAUCUGUUGUUUUAUGCCACGGAGAAAUAUGUACUUCUGACAUCCAAAUUUUUAGUGUGAAAAAACAUGUGAAUAGUUGUCCCUGUCAUUGUUGACACUAACAUCCUCCAAAGCUAAGCACUUUCUCCUAAAUGAGUCUUGGUCAAGUACACUUGUGGAACACACCGUGCAGCUACAUACUUCAGAAGAAAGCUUCUGCAGAAUAGAAUGCUAAUGUUUGAAGGAAAAAAAAAGGAGAAAAAAAGUAGGUACAAGCCUAAUGAAUAACAUGUGAAUACCUGAAUAGUUGGAAGCUAAAAUAAAUAUUUAAAUAUAUCCUAGCAUAAAAUGUGCCUGAGCAUGCUCUCAAGGUAAGGAAAUUUACCCUGAAGACUUAACAUGAACACGGAACUAAGGCUUUAACACCGACUAAAGAUUUGGGAAUGGAAUAUGCAACUACUGCUAACUUAAAAAUGUGCUACCACAAUAGUAUUCUAUUACUAUAUAACCAACUGUAGCAUUCUUCCAACUAUGCAAAUAGUAUAGGAAAGUAGACAGUUUUGAAUGCUAUCAACCUGACUAUCUAAAGUAUAUAAUUAAAGAUUAUUUUAUAUAGCUGCAUAAAGAAUCAAUAGUGACAUCACACGACCACAGGAAAAGGGGCAAAUUAAACAUUUAUUAGGUAUUUCCAAUCUAUUCUAUUAUAGUUUUAUAAAAAUUAACCAGUGGCCUGGUUAAAUUAAUUUUGAUAAAUACCUUCCAGUCACCCAGCAUAGUUUUAGCACACAUUUGGCCUUCACUAAUAUUUAUAAAAAACUUAUAUAUAGUAUAUCUACUGCUUUUUCAACUAAGUGAAAAGUUAACUUACACGGAACUUUCAGGAAAGUUGGGCGAUUUCAUUUUGGUAAUAAUUACGUAUACUGCUUCCAUUUAUACCAUUUUCAGCAGCAGCAGAAGCUUCUGUUUGGAAAUAACUACUCAUUAGAUUCUCUAUGCAUACAGUAUAUCAUUUCUUGGAACUCUGUCAUGUUACAUAUAUGCCUACCAAAAGAUUUCAGAAAUGUCAGUGGCAUGGAGUACUGAUAUGAUAUAAGAAAGAUUAUAACAUCUACUUUGUGUAGUAUGACUCCCAACCUAUCAUAAGUUAGUUCCUAUUAUUUAAAAAAUAAAAAUUAAAUUGAUAUGCUUAGAUAAGGAAAUUUUACACUGGACAGAGUUUGGUUAAUUUUUUAAGACUACAUAUUUUAUAGAAUACUAUAAUGUCCUUGCAAUGCCUAAUGAAGAAGUACCUCAUCUAAAGGAACUACAUUUUGAAUAGUUAAUUUUCCCUGUGCUUUUUUUGUGAACUGUACAAUAAUUGUAAGGUUAUCUUCUUUCAAUACUCUUUAUCAGUUUUUCAUUUCACACAGUUCUUACAAGUCUGAAUUAUUUUAAGUACAUUGCAAUGGGUAACAAAAAUAUUUUACUUACCAUACAUUUUAUAAACUGAUAAUUCCUAUCUUUAAUGCUCUCUAAUUCAACUAUUCUCUAAAUAGAUAAUCACCAAGUCUCCUGUAAAGGGAAGUCUCAAAGAGCAUAAUAUAUGAGGAUUUUCAUAAAGAAAGUAACCCUCACAAUGAACUACGUGGAGUCUCGAGUAGAGCUGUUCAUUGUUUGCAACCUCAAGACUGUACUCAAAUAAGUAUUUAACAGCUCAUGUCUUUUACAAUUUAUCCUAUUGAACGUGAGUACGGUAUGGUAUUUUGCAAAUACACAAAACAAUUAUCUGCCAUAUAUUCCAUAAUCUCACUGUUGCCUCAAUGUGAAUGUUGAGUUUCCUUUAUAACACUGUCACAUUUAUGUACUACAAUACAGUAUCAGGAAAUGUUUCAAGUACUUCAUAUGAAACACACAAAGUAUGGUAAAUACAAAUACUCAUGAUCUAUGAGUUGUAGUUGGUGCUUUCAUGUACCCAAGCCAGUUUCAAUAUUGUAUGUUGUAAGUGCACACUUAUGAGGUAUUUAAUUGCAUAAGUGUGAAAGGGAUGGUUUUGAAUGUUGUAUCAAAUGCAUUUUAUUUUUGUAUUGAUUAAAGGUAAAACAGACUUCCUCCUAAUAAAGCUACUAAAGUAUUCAUGCCAUUCCUUGAUGUCUGUCUGUCUGCUUCUGGAGUAACUGUAGUUCUUAAUGUGCCCCUUGUUUUGUAAUUGUAUGUUCCUGUAUGCCUGAAAUUGUACUCAAGAUAAUUAAUUGGGAGAUGAGAUUGAAUCUUUGAGUCAUUAAAGAUGUACUCAAUACAGUGGAAAUUUUUCAAAUGAAUAUGAAAACAAAAAUGUUGAAAGAUUUACAACCCUUUCAUUGUAAACUUCCACUCCAUAUUGUGGGUUAUAUAAAGCUGCAAUUGUAGAAUGCUACAUCCUGCCUUUUUACUGCAGUCCUUCCAAACAGUAUUUUCCAUUAUGUCAGUGAGCAAUUUUUUUUUCUUUCUGGGGUUUGGGGAUAAAAAGCUACAACAUAAUUGUGAUGAGGGAAUAGAAAUGGGGAGUAGCUUUGAAUAUUACUAAACGAGGUAUGAUUUCAUGAAAAACUGCCUUUCUUUUGAGUGCCAAAAGCUCACAAUUAUGAGUUUGUGUCCUGCAGCACAUAACUACUGUAUACUUUGAUAUUUUUUGUAUUUUUGUUUAUAAAACUUUCUUAUAUAGCCUUAUUGCACAGUGAAAGGGUUAAUUAAGAAGUCAAAAUGUUGAGUUAAAAACUGUCCUUGUAUAUUAAGCUUAACUGAUGUUUCAAUUGUCAGGUAGACAUGGUAAAUGUGAAAUCUUGGAAAAUGACAACAUUGUAGCAUGCAGCUGGGUGAAAGGUGAUGAGUGAAAUGUGCAUGCUUCUUCACUUUAUUGUGGCCUCUAUAACAUGAAAAGAGUUGUAAAUAUCAUUUGAGAAAAGUUAAAGAAUUUUUUCAAAAUCAAAUGUAAAAAUAACAAUGAAAAAAUUGUUUUAUU